AUUUGCAGAAGUCACGUUUCGUGAUUAUUUACACAACCUCUAGAUCGAGACACGUGCAGCAGUUUCAAUAUGGCGGACAAACGUGCCAAGCUCGCAAGUAGAAAAACGAAACAAAAUGCCCGUGAUUUAACACUGGAGGAUGUUCUUGCCGUCGGAGGAGACAAGGAUGACUUUGAAAUGAUGAAGGAUGUGGAUAUAUCGGGCGAUUUUGUUUCCAAUGAGGAGGAUGCGUCAGAAAAUAUAAACGAAAAAGAGAUAAUGUCAUAUAUCAAGGAACUUGGUCUGGACAAAAUUAGCUUUAAAGGCAAAGAAAUGAAAUACAGUGAGAGUGCCGCUAAAGCAGGGAACAUCAAAGACAGUUUGCCUAAACAUGAAGACAUUCAAGAGGGUGGUCAAUCAGAAAAAGGAAAGAAAGGGAAGAAAGGAAAGAAACUGAAAUCACAAGGUGCUGAAAAAGGAGUGGAGUCAACAGGAGUUGUUACAACUACGCCGGAACCCCAAGUCUUACCAGAAAGAAAAGAAAGACCGUGCCAAAAGCUGCUAAUUAAGCCUGGUGGGCUCUGGUAUGAUUUGGUAAUGGAAGAGAAAAUUAACUACUCCUCCCCUAGUCAAGCAGAUAUUGCCAAGCUCUGUAAAGAAGCAGCUGAUCUUCUGGAGAAUGAAGUCAACAUCUAUGAUAAAAUGAAGGCAAAAGAGAAGUCAUCAGAUUCAGAGUGGUUGAAAUCUGUUGUCAGUUCAGGAACACUGAGUGACAAAGUAGCUGCUCUUACUGUUCAAAUACAGGAGUCUGCUGUACAUCGGCUGAAAACCUUGGACAUUUUAAUUAGCAUGGCCAAAAAGAAGGGAAGAAGAGAGAGCAUUAUAGCCGUUGACAUGUUGAAAGAGCUUUGGAUGACAUUGUUGCUGCCAAAUAAUCGCAAGCUGAGAAAGUUUGUCCAGAAUCCUUUGACUUCACUGGUAGAAGUUGUUCAUAAAGGUGGUGGCUGGGUUGAACGUGACAGGCGACUUAUUCUGUGGCACUUUGAGGAGUUGCUGAAACAACGAUACAAAGAGUUCAUUGAAGUUUUAGAGAAACUUCUUCAAGACACUUUGGUUAACAUUAGAAGUAAAAUGUUAGGAACAGUAUAUGAUUUAUUGUCGGAAAAACCAGAACAGGAACAAAUUCUUUUGAGUCUUCUUGUCAACAAGAUAGGAGAUCCAGACAGAAAAGUGGCAUCAAAAGCUGUUUAUCUGACAAGAAGUUUAGUCACUAAACACCCAAACAUGAAGCUUGUAGUCACCAAGGAGAUUGAGAAACUCCUCUAUAGACCCAACAUUGCCAUCAAGGCCCAAUAUUUUGCUGUCUGUUUUCUUAACCAGUUGAUCCUCACUAAACAAGAUAGUGAACUAGCCACCAGACUCAUUUCUAUCUAUUUUUCCUUCUUUGGUGCAUUCUUAAAAAAGGGCGACAUGGAGGCCAAAAUGUUGAGUGCUCUCCUGACAGGAGUCAACAGAGCUUUUCCUUAUGCUAAAGAGGAAGAUGAACAGUACAAUAAUCAAAUCAACACGCUGUUUCGUACUGUACAUAUUGGAACCUUCAAUACAAGUGUACAGGCUCUCAUGCUACUGUUUCAAGUCAUGGAAUCAAGGCAGUCUGUGUCAGAUCGAUUUUAUCAGGCGCUUUACACCAAACUGCUUGAUCCGAGCUUGAAAACGUCCUCGAAACAGGCUGUUUUCCUGAACGUUUUAUACAAGUCGUUAAAAAGUGACCCGUCUCUUGAUCGGGUUAAGGCGUUUGUUAAACGCAUCUUACAAGUUUGCAGUUUCCAGCAACCUGCGUUCAUCGGUGGAACACUAUUUAUGAUAUCCGAGCUGACAAAAGUUAAACCAGGAAUCAAGAGUCUGACACAGCAGCCAGAGGAAGACGACGACGAAGAACAUUUCGUUGACAUACCCUCGGACGAGGAAAACAACAAUUACAAUACUCCUCAGGACCUGUCAAUCCUUGGUGAUGAAUCUCAGGCACACCAUGUUGACACACCCAAAGACCCAGCGACUGAGACCAACCUCUGUGGUACUCAAAGAAACCAAACGUACAAGCCCCAUCAGAGAAAUCCCUUGUUUAGCGGUGCCGAGAACUCGUGUCUGUGGGAACUGAACAAGCUGUCCAGGCAUUAUCAUCCGUCUGUAUGUCUUUUUGCUCGUACUCUUAUGAAGGGUGGGGACAUCGAGUACAAGGGAGACCCGUUACAAGAUUUCACCCUUAUGAGAUUUCUGGACAGAUUUGUGUAUAAAAAUCCGAAGAGGAAAGAGCGAGAUCAUGGAGGUUCACUUAUGCAGCCGAAAACGUCGUCAAGUAGGCUGGCCGAGGAGCCUGUGAAUACUAAAGCAUUCCUUUUGAAGAAAGAAGAAGACAUAAGAGAAGAUGAACUGUUUUUUCACAGGUAUUUCAAGCAGAAAGCAAAAAAAGAAAAUAAACGGAAGAAGAAAACUAACGAUUCUGUCGAUGAAACGUCAGAGAUGGCUUCGAAUUUUGACAACAUUCAAGAAGAGCGAUCCAGCGAGGAGUUCAACUUCGCUAGUGAGUUAAAGAGCUCUAAAGAGCGCGGUGCAAGUGAAAACAAACACACAGCUAGUGAUGAGGAGGACGAGGGCGAUGACGAAGAACAGAGCGAGGACGAGACUGACAGCGAAGGCGAAGACAUGGCGGGAAAAGAGCAAAAUUCGUCGGAGGAGGAGUUUGAUUACGAAGCCAUGGAUUUUUCAUCCACCGACGACGAAGAAGGGGAGGAACCAGUCACUUCACAAGGCAAAAAAAGAAAACCGACAGAAAGAGAUUACGAAAAGGCUUUGCUCGAAAACUUGAGCUCUGAUGAAUUUUCCGACGACGAAGGAAGUCAGAAUCCGAAAAAGAAAUCCAAAAAAGGAGAAGUGGAAGAAAGUGACGUGUCAUCGAUGUUUGCAUCGGCUGAAGAGUUCGCUCAUCUGCUGGAAAAUUCCAAGGCGUCACGUGGUGGAAGCUAUGACGUCAAGAGAGAGGGCGCCAGCGACAAGCAACUGAAAUGGGAAGAGAAAAAGGCGGGAAGAAACUGGAUUCGCUCAUCUGCUGGAAAAUUCCAAGGCGUCACGUGGUGGAAGCUAUGA